UCUUACGUCAUCUGUAACUUCCUCUAGCAGGUUUAACCGAAAACGGACAGCCAAUCUCUGUGGAUUUUCAUUUUAGUCACUCUAAGCCUUAAUACUACUCAUCAUAUUCUUUCAUACAAAAUUACAUGCUGAAAAUCAAAUUUUACAUUUGUACGUUGUCUGAAUAACUUGGGUAUAAGAUGGCGAGCAUCCUUUUUUUUUUCUAAGCAGUGUCGCUCAUAUCGAACCACGUUUUCCGGGACUAAAACUCGCUACAGAAAUUGAAGAGGACACUUGUAAUUCCACAUAAAAUCAAUAAUUUCAAGCAGGCGCCAACAUCCUUUAGAACGAGUUGUUCAUGUGCAGAUCGUUUUAGUCCACGGCUGUUACGAUCUUUUUCCAUAAUGACCACGGGAAAGGACUACUAUCUUGAACAUAAACAUGAACUUGUGCCGAACCAUAUGUUUCCAGACAACGAUUAUUAGUGGUUAAUGGAGUGUCUGAUAUUAAUGAAAUGCCGUCUUUUAAAACACCCCGCGGGCAACGUUUUGCUUUUACAGGUAUGUAAAAACAGAUUAUUCGCAUGGACAGGUUUUGGAUUUUUUUUUUCCAUACUUCACUCCAUCAAAUCUAUCUGUCCUCUUUCAUACUGUGCCAAGUGCCGUUCAGUGAACUUAAACAGGCUGUUUUCUUAGCAUAUGGCAUCGGCAACUUCGACGAAAGGCAGCUCUACUGCUUGUAGCAACGUGCAAGCUGAAAAGAGAACCAUUCGCGAAAGAACAGCGUUAAUGAUAAACAAUCCUCUUAUGAGCGAUGUCAAGUUUGCAAUCUCACAUGAUACAAACUCCACGAGCAAGGAUCAUGGAAGUGAAUUAAUAUACGCUCACAAAUUCCUGCUGUCCCUUGGCAGCCCUGUGUUUCAAGCCAUGUUUUACGGUAAUAUGGCUGAUCCUAGGCAAGAGAUUCCUCUCUCCGACUGCCAUCCUCGGAGUUUUGUUGAGUUCAUUCGGUAUUUAUAUUCGGAUGAAGUGCACUUGACCUCUGGGAACGUGUUUGAACUUUUGUAUUUGGCGAAGAAAUACAUCGUCCCUUUCCUGGCGGAGAGUUGCUGCCGUUUCUUGACAGCGGAGUUAAGAGAAAGCAAUGUGUUUAGGAUCUUGGAGCACGCUAGGCUGUUCUCCGAGUCUGACCUUGAGCAGCGCUGCUGGCGGCUAUUAGAGAUCAAAACAAGCGCUUGCCUUCAGAGCGAAGGACUCCUCUGGAUUAGUCGCGACACUCUUUCAUCACUUCUCAAGAGAGAUGUCCUUACUCUAGUUGACGGAGAGUGCGCUGUCUUCAAAGCUGCAAAGAGAUGGGCGAUUGCCAAAUGCAAAGUGAUAGGUUCGGAAACUACAGGGAAAGCGCUGAGGAAAGUUCUAAAAGAAGCGAUUUACCUGAUUCGUUUUCCUUUGAUGCCUCCCAGAUUGUUUGAAGACAUUGUAAUACCAACGGGAAUUCUUACGGCGGAAGAGGUGUCACAAGUGUACCUGUUCCACAAACAGGGCUUAGUCACUGCCGGUUACACGAAAUUUUCCUGUAUACCUCGUGGCCCUCGGCUUCAAUCAAGAAGUACAGAAGUGCAGUUGUGUCGCUGUUACAGGUACAGAGAAAAUCAAACGUUUCCCAGUUCUGAAAGUUUCAGCACUGUUUCGGAAAGCUUGAAGUUCUCGACCAAUAAAGAAGUCUACUUUGCAGGGGUUCGCCUUUACGCCCACAAAGACGAGGGUAGACAGUUUUCAGUACAACUGAAAAUAUCUAGAUGCCACGGAUUAAAAGAAGAGGUGUCUGCAGUGAGCGGAACAUUUACUGUGAAAGGAGAGCCAUGGGAUGGAGGCAGUAGGUUGGGAUUCGACGUGAUAGUUUCAAAACCCUUCCUCGUGUCGAGGGAAGCUCAAUUCAUUAUCAAGAUUACAAUUACGGGAAACGAUGAGACAAGAGCAUCUUCAAAUAAAUGCAUUUCGAUGAAGUUUGUGAAGUGUGAAGGUGUUGAGUUUAAAUUCGAGGGACAGUCCAGACAGAUAUUGGAGCUAUUAUUCUACAAAGUGGAUGAACAAUUUUCGUAUGACGUUAUAGGUCUCAGCAAAAUGCAUGCACACAUUGGUGAAAAGUGAUAAUGAAGAACAGUACAAUGAGCAAUGCUUACAAAAUUUCAUCAGUUGUGCGAGAUGAGACAAAACGAAACCGAAAAAGACAAAAGAAAAUUGAUAAAAGUUAAAUUAUAUAUGGAAAUGUUUAAUUUGAAUGGCAAAUCUUUCAACAGCUUGUUAUAUUUCAUCAAUAUAACAACACCAACCGAUUCUUUUAAGAGAAAAGUGCAGGUUUGACCGGGGGUAAAGGGUAGCUCUCAGGAUUGUAAUUUUCUUUCACGAACGUUUUCGGAACCUCCGAAUCUGAAGCUCUUGCAGAUAACAGCAAUAGAACAAGCUAAAAUCUCGUUUAGACCUUGUGAUCUCUUGCAUUCCCUUCCGUCCCCUUUACUUUUAGGGGCUAGCUCCAAAACUUUUCUGUUCCUUUUAGGCUCUAGGCUCCAGCUAACCAUUACUUUCCUUAUUAUUUUGUUUAAUCAACUUGUAAAGUGUAUAAUACUUAAUUCUUAUCUAAUUCAUGUUAGCGUGAGGAUCUUUGUGACCUCAGGCUUGCGUUAUUCUCUGGAAGUGGCACUUGGUCACUUCAAUGAAAACAGAAGGAGUAUGGGAUAACAGAAUCAGGGAUUUAUAUUUU